UUUAUUUAAGGGCACAUGCCUAUCUCCCUCGCCCUAGCAACGCCCAAAGUUGCGACUUGCACAUCAAAACCCAUCCGCAUGGAUUCUCUGCACCAACCUCUGCCCAUGGCACUCUUGUUCGUCAUCCCGCUCUUCUUACUUCUGGGCCUGCUCGCUCGGUUUGGCCGGCGGCGUUCCCCCUUCCCGCCAGGCCCCAAAGGCCUUCCCAUCAUAGGCAACAUGCUCAUGAUGGACCAGCUCACCCACAGGGGUCUAGCCAAGCUCGCCUCUCAAUACGGCGGCGUUUUCCACCUCAAAAUGGGCUUCCUCAACAUGGUGGCCAUCUCAGACCCCGACGCCGCUCGUCAAGUUCUUCAAGUCCACGACAACAUCUUUUCCAACCGACCAGCCACCAUAGCCAUCAGCUACCUGACCUACGACCGCGCGGACAUGGCGUUCGCUCACUAUGGCCCCUUCUGGCGGCAGAUGAGGAAGCUGUGCGUCAUGAAGCUCUUCAGCCGCAAGCGGGCAGAAUCGUGGCAGUCGGUUCGGGACGAGGUGGACGCGGUGGUCCGCAGCGUGGCGAGCAACACCGAGAAGGCGGUGAACAUCGGAGAGCUGGUGUUUUCACUGACCAAGAACAUAAUAUAUCGGGCGGCGUUCGGGUCGAGUUCGCAGGAGGGACAGGACGAGUUCAUUGGGAUACUGCAGGAGUUCUCGAAGUUGUUCGGAGCGUUCAACAUCGCCGACUUCAUGCCUUACCUCGGCUGGAUGGACCCGCAAGGCCUGAACACCAGACUCGCCAAGGCACGUGCGUCUCUUGACGGAUUCAUAGACAAGAUCAUCGACGACCAUAUUCAGAAAAGGAGCGACAGAAGCCACGAGGAGACGGACAUGGUGGACGAGCUGAUCGCUUUUUACAGUGACGAAGCUCAGGUCACUGAGGCUGAGGAUCUCCACAACUCCUUCAAACUCACCAAGGAUAACAUAAAAGCCAUCAUCAUGGACGUGAUGUUUGGUGGGACGGAGACGGUGGCGUCGGCAAUAGAGUGGGCGAUGGCGGAGCUGAUGAGAAACCCGGAAGAUCUAAAACGGGUCCAACAAGAGCUUGCUGAUGUGGUCGGCUUGGAUCGUAGAGUUGAAGAGUCCGACUUCGACAAGCUCACCUACCUCAAAUGCUCCCUCAAGGAGACGCUGCGCCUUCACCCGCCCAUCCCGCUGCUGCUCCAUGAGACGGCGGAAGACGCUGAGGUUUCGGGUUACUAUAUCCCCAAGAAGUCGCGCGUCAUGAUCAACGCGUGGGCGAUCGGGAGGGACAAGUACUCUUGGGACGAACCGGACGCCUUUAAGCCUUCUCGGUUUUUGAAACAGGGCGUUGCCGAUUUCAAGGGGAGCAACUUCGAGUUCAUUCCGUUCGGGUCCGGUCGGAGGUCAUGCCCGGGGAUGCAACUCGGACUCUACGCGCUGGACAUGGCGGUGGCUCAUCUUCUUCACUGUUUCACUUGGGAACUGCCGGACGGGAUGAAGCCGAGCGAGAUGGAUAUGAGCGACGUGUUCGGACUCACCGCCCCCAGAGCGAGUCGACUCGUUGCCAUUCCCAGCAAGCGCGUGGUGUGCAAUCUUUUUUAGAUCCUAUUCGAAUCUUUUUACCUCCGUGGUUUUUUUUUUUUUUUUGUCUUUCAAAUAUCUGUUAAUUAUAGUGAGUAUAUCAAGAAGGAGAACAACAACAACAACAAUAAUUGAUUCAAAGAAAGAAGAGGAAGAAAAUGAAUAUGGGGAAAUUCAAUUGCCUUUAAGCUCUUGUCAAAUUGAUCUUUAUGCUAAAUCAUUUAGGUCAUUUGGUUGUAUUUGCGGCUCAUCUGUGUUGAUGAUCAAUCAGUUGCCUUGAAAUAAAAAUGAAUUCGCAACCUUAUCUUGAAA